AUGCAGGUUGGUGGAAAGAGUGAGCUCACGAGUCCACUUGUGUGGAAACGCAAAUCGAUUUUGCGGAAAGCUUCAUCGUUGGCGCCUUGUGCACAGGGUCCGGCUCGCAAUGUCAGCUUUGCUCCAGCCCACAAGGUGGAUGUGUUUGUUGAUGACCUUCAGACCGAUUUGGCCCAGCCUGAUCCCAGUCCAGAAAACGAUCACUCGCUGACUGAACCUCACGUGUCACAUCAAGAAAGCAAGCGUGCAGGAAUUGACUCAUGUCCAGACACUAUGAUGACGCCAAAACCUGAUAGACCCCACGUGGCGCCUUCCUCACCUAUGGCUUCACCGCGGGAUCCUAUCGUUCAAGCGCUUUCCGAAGAGGAGACCGAAAGGCAGCGCAAGAAGCGAGAGUUUGACGAGACGGUUCAGCGUGAAGCUCAGAAGUUCCGACUUGCUGCAAAGCUGUCCGCUCAGAAGCGACUCGAAGAGGCUAGAGCAAGCCAGGUGCUGUGGGCAAAAGGGGACCAGCUGAAAUCAAGGCUGCAGGCUUCAGCUGCUGGCGAACAAAGAAGAAGCGCUCGUACACCGUUAGCUGACAAGGCUGCUUUUGAUCCGAUAUCACCGCUGAUUUCCGAGCCAUCGACUGUUACUGGAAGCCUUUCUCUAGCACCAGACGUGGAAACGUUGACUGCUUCAGCUUCCAAAGACGAAGCCCAAAGCUUAGACACGGUCCGGCUGGGUAAUAAGGAUGCUAAAAUGGUCGAGUCCGCGCGAUCGUUGGCUCGCCAACACGAAGAGAAUAGCAUUCCGAUCGUGUCAUCAGGCUUGGAAAGCUUGGUGCAUGAGCCUGAAGGUCCCGAAGCUUCGUGCAAUGUUGCGCAAAACAAGAAUGAGGGUAAGCAAUCGCUUAGUCAUCGACUGGAAGUCAGUGCGAUAGCAGCAGAGACGCUGCUAGCUGAUAAGAGAGUACAACAAGAAAUGGCCGAAGCCCGGUUUCCUCGUCUGGAUGAUGAAUCGAAGGAGCUGGAUCGACCGUCUUUUCUGGCAUCAACGACAUCACGUAAGGACGCAAUCAAGUCCGAGUCGCCGAAAGUGCAAACUGUUGCACCUUUGCUGGCUCGCAGGCCGGAGUCGCUAUCAUCGAUGGUGUCACCGAUUCCAAAGCCAUCGGUCAGGGAGACGGAUUUGAAACCUGCGGUAUUGACGGUAACUAAUGAUAUUCGACGUCCUAUCCCGAAUCUCGUUAGUGGGCUGCAUUCCUUCACCGCAUUGUUGGAGAAGAAUCAACCACAAGAAAAAACUGGUGGUCGCAGCGUACCUAUGUUGAAUGCGCUAAAGCUUGCGGAGAAGUCACGUGUGUUGGAGGAAAAGAAAAGGCUUGAGAAGGAGAAGCGGAAGGCGAUGCUCAAAAAGAAGAUGGAAGAGCACAAGAAAGUCGCGGCGCUAAAAGAAAAAGCUGAGAAAGAAGCUCAGGCAAAACGAGAGCAAGAUCGGCUGAAUGUGCGGAAGAAACGUGAGGCCGAGCUCGCGAAGCAGCGUCAGCAAAAGCUGAAAGAGAUGCGUGCAGGUCUCGAGAAGAAGCGGGCGAUGCUUGCCGCUGAGAGGAAGGCAAUUCAUGUAUCUAGUACAUCGUCGGUGUCCAGACCCGCGACUUCAACUGUAGGGACAUCGCACCAACGGCAUGGCGGCUUUGCAAGUGCCUCUGAGACUUCUCAGCCUAAGCCGGUACCGGUGCCACUACCAAAACUCGAUUCUAACUCGAUUGUCCCGAAGCCGCCGCAAGCGUCAAGACCCGCGGCAAAGCCCGCGCAAAAGCCUGUUGUUAAGCUUACGUUGACAUCUCCCGAUCCCGUAAAGUAUGCUCCAAAGAGUCAUUCGCCCGAUGUCAUGAAUUACGAGAUGUCGGACAAUAUGGAGUCCUCAGACGGUGAAAGCAGCGACUCGGAUGCAGAUCAUCACGGAAAGAAGAAGGUGCCGAGAUGGGCGCAAAAAAGCCAUCUUAACAAAGUUCUUCACGCACAGUUUGGCAAGAACGCCACCGAUCCUUCACCUGCGAUUUUCCAGGACUUCGUCGACACGUGCAACUUAGAGGCUAUCUUUGAGACGGCCGAUAUCAGCAAGAAGAAGAAGUUUGCUAGACGAACGAGUAGCGGCAACUGGUUGGCUGAUCGACCGACCGCGCGGGACAGAGCUUUGUAUCAACGUGAUAUGGGGUAUGACCGGUAG